GGUUUCUGAGCUAGUGCCAUGCCAGGCGACGCGUUGGAUAUAACCUCCUUGAACCACCCAACUUUCGCCUCUUCACCCUUCAUUCUUGGAAUAAUAUGCGGUUUCAAACUAAGGUCCGGUCCAGGGUCCGAACCAAGGUCAAACCCAAGGUCAAAAGAUCACCAGGUCGAGAUUGGGAGAGUGAGCUUCGGGAAGUGCGCCAGCGUAUCUGUGCCGGCAAGCGGAAAGAACUCGCUUUAGCAAAUAGGCUAUGCGAUAUUGACGAUGAAAUCCAAGAGCUAGUCUGGGAGCGUGCAGAGGUUAUCUUGCAACGAAACCAAAUCUUGAGCGAGUCUAUUGAACCCGUCAUCGAGUCCUACUCCAGAGCUUUCAACCAAUCACUCAUGGCCAAAAUGCGCAAGCGCCUUCCCCUUGAGCUCCGGGAUAUGAUCUAUGCACAUCUGUGGGAUUUUGAAACCCUCGAUACAGCGCCUCACAGAAUGUUUUCGCCUUUGAAGGAACCGUGCAGAGAGAGCAAAGGCAAGUGUAAGACGAGUGAGCACGCACAUGAUGAUAAGCCACAUUUUGUGAACCCAGAUUUUGUAGGACGCGAGGCAAGUUUGGAAAUCGUGAAGGCAUGGUACAAGGCUGCGGCUAUCUCGCAUGGACAUCUGUUUUUCGCUUACACUAGUGAUGCGAUUAAGAGUCUGCUCACCACGGAUGCGUUCCACGUCGGCCUCAAUCCCGCGACCGUUCUGCGAGCAAUGACGAUCGAUGUUAAUCUUGAUUGUUUGGCAGCCAUGGAAAAGCAACGCAAAGUAAUCAGCGGAACAGAAACUACCGACAUGCUUGACAUACCGAGUUUACAACAAGAGUUCGAACCACUACUCAAAGUCAAGAACAAAACGGGCUUCAAGCUUACGUUCGACGUAACGCAGUGGCACAUCAGACUGAAUGUUUGGAAAGAGAUGUUCGAAGUCGUUAAACCAGUUGUAGAUGUUUUCAAGAAGGAGGGUGCGAUUAUCCGCGUGAUCUUCAAAUGCCACUACCACUUGGACGGUUAUAUUCGUCUAGAGGGAGAGCUUGACACGGCGAGCAUAUUUCCUCCUCCAACAUGGCACCAAGACGCCGUGGCACAUUUCGACAAGCUACCCCACAUCCCCGAAUCAGAUCGAGAUUAUCGGUAUGAAAAUGACCCAGAUUACGAUCCAGACGAAGACUCAAACCCGGACCCAUACGAUUACUUUUUCCCCUGAUUCAGAUUUAGGAACCGUCGAGGACUCAGGUGAAAGCGGGAUCAACGCGAUGCGUCAACUUUUGUGGACGCAAUAUAGUGGUUGGGAUCUUAAUGUAUACAAUUUGCAUCGAUGUCAUGAACUUCUACGAGUCCUGGCAGCGGGUUGAGGAAAAUACAAAGGCACUCUGAAUCUUGCGAAUGUGUUUGGUAGAAUAGCAGAAGGCAGAAUAUCACGAUACACCUA